AUGAUGAUGACGUGCCGUCUGCUGUGUGCCCUGUUGGUGCUCGCCCUGUGCUGCUGCCCGUCCGUGUGCGUGACAGAGGGCAGCCCCAGUUUAUCGCCUGCUCAGCCACCGGGAGCAGGUGUUCCGGGGCCAGAAAAUACGUCCACGAAGCCAAGUUCAACAGGUCUGGCCGAUGCGUUACCGGGACCCCAAAAUUCGGACGGCAAUGGACACGCUCCGUCAGGGAGUUCACGUCCGACCGUCACGGUAGGUUCAAAGGGUCAGGGGGCCGGUACGCCAGGGAUUAAGGGGAAAAGUGCGGAUCAGCCAAAUGGUACGCCCGGUUCGCAAAGGGCAGCAGAUGCGGCGAACCGUGAUGGACAGGAACUAAGUACAGCGGCCAGUGCGCCAGACUCAGCGGAACCGACUGAAAAGGCACAGGAACAGGCAACGAUUUCCGGGACCGGUGGGACAGGAUCGCUGACACAGGCCGGUACUGGACAGGCACAAAGUGGAGACCCCACAUCACAAGCAUCAAGUGCGGGAACCGGUGGACGAGGGAGUCCAGAUACAGCAACUCUGGAGUCUAUUCCAAAAGAGGAAGAGGGACCAGGUGGGUCCGAUGGGUCAGGGUCGUCAGGUGGGUCAAUUAACCCAAAUACAUCGUCAAGUUCCGUGACCGGUACGGUAACGGCACAAAGUCAGAAGGAACAUGCGCCAACAACAACAACCACUACUACGACAAAAGCACCAACUACCACCACCACUACGACUACGGAGGCGCCAACUACGACGACCACCCGCGCACCGUCACGUCUUCGCGAAAUCGACGGCAGCCUCAGCAGCUCUGCGUGGGUGUGUGCCCCGCUGCUGCUCGCCGUAUCCGCGCUGGCGUACACCACUCUGGGCUGA